AUGAAGAACACAGAGACUCAUACUUGUCCCACUGUACAUAUACUGGGAGAGUGGAUCAGAAACUUUACAGACCCUUCAGCUCUCAACUGCACCUUUGAUUUUCAGUGGAGAGGUGGAGCAGUCCCUUCUCGUUCAGGGUUGACUAUGGUUGAUUCAGAGAUAUCCAUUCCUGGUCUCGUCCUUGGCUUUGUUCUGGUGGUGGUAUUCACUGCCCUCCCUGUUUCCAUCGCCAUUUUCAACCUACGACACAGACAUAACAAGUUCGUGAGGGCAACAAGUCCUAGACUGUCUCUUGGGAUCACUGUAGCCCUGGUCCUCAUACCACCCGGUGUAUUACUGGAGGGUCUUGUUUAUUCUUCACAUGCCUACGACUUUGAUGGCACCACAAUCGACCACAUUUGCUGGUUUGACGUUUGGUUGCCCAUAUUUGGUCUCACUCUGUUGUACGGUACACUGCUGGCAAAGAACUAUCGCAUAUACCGCAUCUUCUACAACAAGAAGCUCAAAAUCAGACACGAUGAUAGACUCACAGACGGUGCUCUGAUGCUCCCGGUACUUCUGUUUCUGCUGCCAGUACUAGUUCUCUGUAUUGGUUCCAUAGCCACCGGAGAAACUCGCCAUGACGAGUCCAUUAUUCCACUCCAGACGGACGACAGUUCCUACAGGUUCAUUCGUAUCUCCUACUGUAAUGUGGCCAAUAAAGUCACUCGACUGUUGCUAUUUGCCUACUUCCACGUGCUCUUUCUCCCCGUGCAUAACACUCGCUUUCCUGACCAUGAGACUCAACAGUCGAUUUGGACAUGAGGGCAAAUCGACCGCUGCCACCACGGUGUCCUAUCUCGUUGGAAUCGAAUUAUUCAUCAUCCUCUACACAUUUAUUGAUGUUGGGAACUCUUUAGAUGGAUAUACCAUAUUCUACUAUACGUUUUGUACCUACAUCAUCACACAGACGCUGGCCGUCUUGGGAUUCAUUUACAUACCACUGUAUGUUAACAUGUAUAGGGACCACAGGCAGAAAGUCGUGCAAGCUGCACUGAAUCUGGAGGAUGCUAUGGAGUCUCAAAGACUAGAGCACUACAGAGAGCUCCAAUCACAGGCAACUGACCUCAGGGAACAGCUACACGAGAUUGAGCUGAGAAUUAAAGAUGUCAGAACGAAAACUCAAGACAUACAAUAAUAAUAUAAAAAUCAUCCUAUUAUUCACUUGCAUCUAUAUAGUGUUGUUGGUUAUCCUGUUUCGACAGCUUCGCUUGAAUGGGCUUUCUUUUCGUUGUGAAGCGAUGGAGAAGUAGUGUGGGAGUGCCACACGUAAGUCUCAGUUUCGGAUCCGCAGCACUCUACAGUGGAUUUGGUAGCAAAGUGCUGAAGAAAAUCAGUUUCGAGGAACCCAUUCCUGGAGGUGUGUCCGUGAAUGUCCACACCGACUCUGGCUUUUGGGUUUUUGAACAGUUGACACAGGUGUACUGCAAACCCUGCCAUGUCCAGUGGAA